AUGAGCCGCAGUCCAGAGAGGAGGUCUUCCUACCGCAGACACUUCGAGGGGUCUCUGGCGUCUGUCUCCGGAUGCCAGGUCCGGGUGUCCAGCCCGUCUCCGGCCCGCAAGGAGAACCGGCACCGGUCGGCCAGCUUCACCCGGGGCGGCGGGUCGACGGGGCGCCGGGCCUUCAGCUCCAAGUCCCGCAUGACCAGCAGCGUCAGUCUGGGAGCUCUGUGCUUCGGCAUGUCCAUGGGACUCGGACCCCAACUGGACCUGGACGCGGCCGCAGCAGAGAACCAGGCCUUCAUGAUGACCCGCACCAGCGAGAGGCAGGAGAUGGUGGUCCUCAACGACCGCCUGGCGGCUUACAUAGAAAAGGUGAGAACUCUGGAGUCCCAGAACAAGCUGCUGGAGUCGGAGAUCGAGGUGCUGAAGAACCGCCACGUCCGACCUUCAGCCCUCCGGCAGCUCUAUGAGUCCCAGCUGAAGGAGCUGAGCCGAGAGGCCGAGCAGAUGAGGGAGCAGAGGGAUGUGACCUCAGCAGCCAAGGAGGCGAUGCUGGGUCAGCUGGAGGCGCUGAAGGCCAAAUACCAGGAAGCGGUGGAGGCCAGGAGGAAGACGGAGCAGGACAUCGAGGCUCUGCGUCCGGACGUGGACAGAGCCACGUCGGCCCGCAUCGCCCUGGAGAAGCAGCUGGGAAGCCUGGAGGCCGAGCUGGUCUUCCUGCAGCGGGUCCACAAGGAGGAAAUCGAGGAGCUGAUGCAGCAGAUCUUGUCCUCGGCCUCUAAAGUGGACUCGACCUUCGGCCUGCCGGACCUCUCCUCAGCUCUCAGGCAGAUCCAGUCGCAGUACGACAGCAUUGCUGCCAAAAACCUGCAGGAGAUGGACGUCUGGUACAGAUCAAAGUUCCAGGACCUGAACGACGCCUCCACCAAACACGCUCAGAGCGUCCGCAGCGUCCGGGAGGAGAUCGCCGGAUACAAGAAGGACAUCCUCAACAAAGAACGUGAGCUGGAGAGCCUGAAGACGAGGAGCGAGUAUCUGGAGGCUCAGCUCCGCGACGUCGUGCUGAGACACAAGAAGGAGGAGGAGGACAUACAGGGGCGAGUCGAGGCCAUGAAGCUGGACCUGAAGGUGACCAAGGAGAAGAUCGCUCUGCUGAUGAGAGAAUACCAGGACCUGCUGAACGUCAAGAUGUCUCUGGAGCUCGAGAUCACCACCUACAGGAAGCUGAUUGAAGGAGAGGACAGCCGUCUGAGCGUCGUGGUCCACCACCUUCCUGUGACCGGAGGCCUGCGUCUCACGUCCAGCGUCAGCGCCGCCUCGGCUUCGGCCUCAGCUCUGGUUUCAGCUUCAGGAAGCUCAGGUCCAAAGCUGGAUGCAUCUCCGUGUGACAGGAGCAGCACCGGGGCCGGUAGAGCUCCGGGUCGAGUGUCGGUGGCCUCGACGGACACCCAGACGGACGUAGAGCUGCAGGCGACAGAGAAGAUCGAGAGGAAGACGCUCCUCAUCAGUUAAGACAGACGAGAACACUUACGAGAGCGACACCCAGGAACGGACCUUCACCAUUUCUGGAGCCGCCGCCGACACCGACGAAGAAUAAAACGAAACUCCUAA